AUGAUGUCAAGCUGGUUGGAGGCGCUGGCGCAGCGGCAAGACAACAAAGGUGAGCUUACCGUGCCGCAGCUAGCUGCACCACUUCGCAAGAUAUGCGCAGAGCUGCGUGAAGCUGGCAACAGAUGGCCUGAGGUGCACAUGAGCCUCUUCACAAAUGAUGCCUGGACAGAGGUCAUUCUCCCAGACUUGGAGGAGUUCACGCAACUUGAGGAAGAGCCGCUGGGCGGUUUCGACAAGUGCGUAGGCACUGGCUCCGUGGCGAUCCCUGGCGAGGUAGAGUUCACCCCGGAGGACCUCCGCGACAUUGACGAGGAUUUCGACACGGAGUGCCUGCUGAGUUUGGCUGGGGAACAGAUGCUUCAACGGCAGGCCCGGGUGGCUGCGCAGAAAGCUGGCGGGACCGAAGUCGAUGCACCCCAAGAGGAGGCUCCCCAGGAGGAACCUGCCGCUGUCCCAGCUGAGAACGAGCCAGGCCCGGAGAGUGGAAGUCAAGAAGCCCACCAACUGGAAGAGUGA